GACCGGGCAACCCUAGUGACAGGAGCCGAAGCAGCAGCGCAGGUUGUCCCCGUUUCCCCUCCCCCUUCCCUUAUCCGGCGGACUUCCCGGGGCCCCUACACUCCACAGUUCCGGUCCCGCCAUGUCCCAGAAGCAGGAAGAGGAGAACCCUUCGGAGGAGACCGGCGAGGAGAAGCAGGACACGCAGGAGAAAGAAGGUAUUCUCCCUGAGAGAGCAGAGGAGGCAAAGCUAAAGGCCAAAUAUCCAAGCCUAGGACAAAAGCCUGGAGGCUCCGACUUCCUCAUGAAGAGACUCCAGAAAGGGCAAAAGUACUUUGACUCAGGAGACUACAACAUGGCCAAAGCCAAGAUGAAGAAUAAACAGCUGCCAAGUGCAGGACCAGACAAGAACUUGGUGACCGGUGACCACAUCCCCACCCCCCAGGAUCUGCCCCAAAGAAAGUCCUCACUCGUCACCAGCAAGCUUGCGGGUGGCCAAGUUGAAUGAUGCUGCCCGGGGCUCCCGCCAGAUCCUGAGACGCUGCCCCCCCUGGGUCCUGUGCUGGCUCCUGCCCCUCCCUGCUUUUGCAGCCAGGGGUCAGGAGGUGGCUCGGGCGCGGGCUGGAGAGGCAGAAGCCCCUGCCCGUUGGUGUCCCAGCGCAUGGAGCCCCUUGGGCUGAGCACCAAGACCUUGGACCUAUUUUGUUUUACCUUUUUUUUUUUUCUCCAAGUUUCCGUUGGGCAAAAUCUCAAUGACAUCCUGGGGGGUGGGGUUGAGAGGGCGGGUGGUGGUGGACUUGAGGGAAUAUGAAUUAGGGCUUGGAGUUGAUAAAAACAUUCCUGACUAUCUUCUUUCUUAACCAUAUGGCUAGUGGGGGGGUGGUAUCUGGAGGAAGCAGAAUGGACUUCAGAGGAGGGGUUCCGACUCAACACUGUAGGAAAACGCCCUGUCAGUGUGGGUGCUGCAUCUAAAUGUGGCGGAUGCAAAUGGUGCCUCUCUCUCUGCAGAGCAAGCUGGGAAUCCAUGUUAAUUGUUCAUAAAAACGCGCCGUCCCCUUGAACUAGAUUUGCUGUGGGAGGAGGGCCAUGAGUGUGAGGAGCCCCACACAGCUCAGGGGCCUUUUUCAGUAAGUAUUUGAAAUAAAAAAAGACCCACACAUGGGGGAGGGGACCAAUCCAGAAAUAUCCUGAAGCAGCUCUUGUGUUCUCUUGGCGCUUGGGGAGGGGGAAGAAAACAGCAGCAGACACCAAGGGAGAUGCUGGUGUGGGGUCCUGUGUUUCUAUGGGAUAGGAACCUUCAAUAGGGAUGUGAAGGGCUCCCCACUUCCCAUCACUUUGCCUGGAACGGGGGGUGGGGCUUUUCUUACCCCAGUCCAUCCAUCAUUCCCGUAGCUAUUGCUGAAAGUCCAUCCAUCUCAGGUGUGGCUCCCAAAAUGAGAGCUUUAAGGUAUUUGACCUCAGUGAUUUGUUGACUCCUCACCAGCUUGCCCAGAAACUGACCACCAUAGUUCUGGAUAAGCAAAAAAAAGGAAGCCCAGUUCCUCCUCUUCCCUUUCAGUUAGUGAUCUAUGAAGGAGAAAUGUGGCCUCCCAAGACUAAACCAGGAGUGCAUGCCCUUCCGCUCGUGGCCAGCAGGAGGCAGAGUGCCACCUCUGCUCAGGAUCUCCCACCCCACCCUCCGCCCCCGCUGCACUGGCAUUCUGCCACUGAAGUGUGCUGCUCCUGAGUGUAACAGAAAAGCACCUUUCCCAGAAGAGAAAGGCAAAUCCCCAUCCCUCUUUUUCACCACCCACCGCCCCCAACAGUCAUGCAUAGUAGAUUGAACUCUGCCUUUUUGCCAGAGUGUGAUUAGGAGUCGUAUUUCCUCAGCUGUAUUGGCUUCUCAAAUGAUCUGGGAGAUGGGUAUCCCAAAGAUCUCCCCUCACACUGGGGGUUACCUUCCACGCCAGGGGAGAGCGUGCUUUUCCGUUUGUGACUCAUUCUCAAUUCAGAAACUUUCCAGAUGUAUUUUCAGCUGCUAGGGAUGCGAGUGGCUUGGCUCUCGAAUAGACAUGCUGUCUAACCUGCCUGUCUGAACAGUAAAACUGGGGGGCUAGGUGAUUCAGAGACUAAAGGCAUUUGCUGCCAUCGGAGAGUUAAUUGGUCAGAAGAAAAUUAUAUUGAAAAGUUUCAAGAGAUACAAAAUGCUAAAAGUCCGGUUAUUUCAAUACUUUAUGUGAAAUAACCACUACACACAUACAUGUAUAUUGUCAAAUAGUGGAGUGUAUUUUCUAGUGAUUGGAUAAACAGCCUUAUCAUUUCAUCCUCA